AUGAGGCGACGAUGUGGUAACAGUCGCAAGCGACAUUAUCGUGAGAAAAUCCAAUCCUACAAAACUCGAAAUUGGAUGGCUACGAAUCGACCUGCGUUCAAUGAGAAGUUCACAUUUUAUAUCGACGAUGACAACUACUUUCGUGAUCUGUUAACGAUAAGUGUGUACAAAUUAAAGGCGGACAGUCAUCAACAGCGGAUGCGAAUGUUAGGAUGCAUGACAUUCCCGGUGAAGCGGCUAAUGAAAAAGGCCAGAGAAGCGAACGAUGGUUAUUAUAUCGAUGAGAACAUGACAAUGGAUGAAGUUGUGGUGAAUGAGGGCGGUUUUUUCCUGUUGAGCCCAAAGAGGGGAGAAAGGAAAAGUUUCCCUCAGAACAAAGUAGGUAUUCUUUGA